AUGUCCUUCCUCAAUACUGGCAACACUCUACAAAAGCUUGUUUUCAUUUUCAGCAGGCUGGAGGGGCCUGUUUUAGGCGGUUGGCGAUUGUCCCGAUAUAUUCUUGACCUGCUGUGGGGUUUCACAGAGAGCGACUUUGCUACCUUCGUUGUUCCAGAUAUGGCCUUCGGCCUGCUGGGGGCUCUGUCACGCAGCUUGCUUAUCAACGGAGACUGUCCCUCGCGCAAUGAGAUAUUCCGACGCGUCCCGGUCUUGCUGGCUUUCAAUUGGACAAACCUUCUCGUUUUCGACCUCGCCAACCAACGAAGCCCCGGCUCGGUGGCGGAGGAUAGAAUCAACAAGCCCUGGCGACCGAUUCCAACCGGCAAAAUCAGUCCCCAGCAGACGAGGCGCACGAUGCUUGUCAUUGUGCCUCUCAGUAUGUGCCUCAACUACCACUUGGGAGUCUGGGUCCAAGGCUCUCUGAUCCAUUUGAUCACGUGGCUUUACAACGAUUUAGGUGGCGGCGACGAAGUAAUUCUUCGGGAGGUGCUGAUAGCUGUGGGAUACGCUAUGUUCAAUUCCGGCUCACUCAAGAUAUCCGCUUGCGGCCGAAAAGAGCGCGAACGGUGUCAAAUGAAUUCCCAGGGUCUUGCUUGGACUGGAAUAAUCAGCGCGGUGAUCUUCACCACGAUGCAAAUCCAAGAUCUCAAGGAUCAGCGCGGUGAUCAACUUCGCGGCCGGAAGACUGUGGUACUCUUCCUUGGGCAGGAAUUCUCUCGAAGUUACUGUGCUGGGGCUGACUAUUGCUUGGCGGGUGAUAACACUCGUUCACAGCCGGCAGGAAGAUCGCCGUACCUGGCAGCUAUGGUGUCUGUGGCUUGUCAUGCUCUACUUUCUGCCGACCAUUGGUAA